GCGCAUGCGUGCACGUGAAUAAGUAUUUUAUAUUUGACUUUCCACCAUUUUCAGGGGGGGAAGCUUUUUUUGCUCGCCGCACUCUUCGCCAGGACCUGAACUAGAGUUACGCUCCCGUUCUGCUUCAGUGUCGGCGAACCGGCGCGCACCGGGUUAAACGCUGCACCUCGCGGGCUUCUCGCGCGCACCACCCCACCCUCUUCUUCUCCACGACGCCCCGCCCCCGGUGCAGUCCAGCCCGCGUCGCUGCUCCCACGGGGAUGCUACUGACGGUGGGCUCGAGAGAAGAAGCGGCUGCGUGAGGAAGCUGCCAGAAGAAAAUCGAGGUGUGGACGGACCGGGCCAUCGAUCGCACUCCCUCUUGUUUCCGAGGGUCUCCACUUCCGGCCGCCGAGCGCGCGAGCUUCUGCGUGGCUGCGAGGCGGUUCGUUCGUCCACGUUUGCGUGCAACCCGCGCGCUCGUCGCUGUGGCUGUCGGCUGGCGUCCGCGGUGCCCCUCCCGCAGAAGAGGAAGGUCCACCAUCUCCAUCAUCAUCAUCAGCAGCAGCAGCAGCAGCAGCAGCGCAUGCAUCUCAUCACCUGAAGGAGCGAGCUCAGCGAGCCGUUUCCAUUUGGUCGGCGAUGAUGGAGGCGUACCCGUGAGCGAACGAACGCGUUGGAUGCUGCGCGCUCUCGCACCGCACCGCGCCGCACCGCUCGGCUGCUCCUUUAGCGCGCGUGCUAACGCGAGCAGCUUCGCCCUCUCUCCCCCUCAUUUAAAAUACGCGUUGGGCCUUUCCUGAAAACUCCGCAGUUGAUGUUUCGCCAGGAAAUCAGUGUACUGUCCUUCAUCCCGUCGUGUUCGUACCUUUUUCAAUACGAGAAGCGGAACAUGUCUCGAUACAACAUAUACAGCCUGCUGGACUGGGUGUACGGAGGGGUGGACCCCAAAUUCGAGGGCAACGGGGGGCCCGAGUGCGCCGCCUUCAUCAGCCCGCGCCAGCGCCUGGGCGAGAGCCUCGUCAUGGUGCUCGUGUCCGUGCUGGAGAUCGCGCUCGCCUUCAGGAAGAUCCGCGUCUCCAAGGAGAUGAGGGAGACGCCCAGCAGCAGCAGCAGCGAGGCGGGCAGGAGCAGGAGCAAGCAGGACAGCGUGGGCAAGAACCUGUUGCUCGUGGCCCUGUGCAUGACGUUCGGCGUGGAGGUGGGCUUCAAGUUCGCCACCAGGACGGUGAUCUACUUGCUGAACCCGUGCCACGUCGUCACCAUGGUGCAGAUCUUCCUCUUGGCCUGCCCACCGUCCAAGACGGCCAUGGUCAUCUUCAGGCUUCAGGUGCACAUGCUCAACGGGGCGCUCCUGGCUCUCCUCUUCCCCGUCGUCAACACGAGGCUGCUCCCCUUCGAAAAGGAAGUGUAUUACAUUCAACACUCCAUGCUCUACUUAGUCCCCAUCUACCUUUUUAGAAAAGGAGGUGUUUAUAAGCCAGAGCCACUGACCAACAUGUGGUGGGCACUGCUGUCCACCGGGAUCCUCUUCCUCUACCACUUUGUCUUCCUGCAAGGCCUGGGCCUGGUGACCGAGGUGAACCUGAACAACAUGCUGUGCCCGGCCGUGUCGGACCCUUUCUACGGACCCUGGUACCGGGUGUGGGCCACGGGCCACCAGACUCUGCUCACGCUGACCCACGGGAAGGUCCUGACGCUGCUCUGCCACAACCUGGGUCCCGCCUGCAGGCACGUAAUGGACGCGGCGCGACUGCGCAGCAAGAAGAUGGACUGACGGGACGGGACACGACGGGGCUCCGGCCUUUCGCUCCGACGCCUCAUGGUUUCUUUGGUAUUGUGGUUCUUUGUAUGGAAUUUGCUCACUUAACAGUGUCAUUUGUGACUUACACAUUUAUUUUAAGAAAAAGGACGGUCGGUAAUAUUGUUCGUCGUUACGUUAGCGCUCCGGCCAAAUGAGACACGCGGGAGAGGCUUCCGAUGGGAACCGCGUAGGACCGGCAGUCGGGAAACGACCGGGAUGCCUCUUUAGGUUCUUUCCAGACUGCGGCGUGGCGCCCGGAGGAGGCCGUGCAGCGCUGAUGUUGCGUGCUAUACCGGCGACCCGAAUUAAAUGUGACCUUUUUGUGAUUUUUACCAUGGUUUAUUACAUCUCAGACAUGUAAACCACUUUAGGAAACCGUAUUAAAGCAGUACUGUUAUUUUGGAGAAGAGACUGGACGCAGACAAGUGCUCAGUGGAAUUCUUCACCUACGUGUGGCUGUUGGUGGAGGUGGAACCCGAACAGCCCCUUUCGCUGGCUGCACUGGUGGGGGUUGGGGGGGGGGGGAAUCGCACAUGUCUCCAGCUGCAGUGCCAGCGACUCGGACGAGACUCGGGCAUACAGACAGAGCGCCAGCGCGGGGAGGGGGCGACGGCCAUCCGGACGCGUGAUGCGUGCGGACUGCUGGGUGAAACGGUGACCCUUGAGACCACGGGAUAGGUAUUUUUAAUUUUCUUUUAUUAUGACUUUGAUUUUUGAAAAUGUGAAGUAACAACCUAUGUCAGAUCUGGGAUUUUUAUAACUGUACUGUGCAGUUUUGAAAAUGUUGUCAUGCAUUUUGUUGUACCCGUUUCCCCCCUAUAUUAGUACUUUACUGUACUGACAGUAUACUGUACUUUCA